UUUUUUUCAAGUUAGCCGAACCGAAGAUCAAGUUCCCGGAGAAGACUCUCUACAAGAUCUUCCCACGUCAUACAAUUAGAUUGAACCUCAAUUGAAUGGCUCGUAUGCUUCAAUCGCUGCGGCGAGUCUUGGGACUGAGUUCUCCCAGCCCAGUCCCUACCUUCCGUCGGUCUAUCGAUACAGACUUCUCCGUCUUUCGAGAGGGAGACCGAGCCAUUAUCCAUGGCAAAACCCCAUCGUUAACGAAACCACUGCGAAAGGGUCAAAAAACAGACCUGCGGCGCGGAUACCUACAACACGACACCGUCAUCGGCCGGCGAGUACGCGAGCGAUUUCAGGCGCAAAAAGGCCCCGAUUAUCGACUAACCCUUCCUUCACUUGACGAAUAUGUCUCCUUGACACCUCGCUUGGUAACACCGAUCUACGCCGCAGACGCGAACUUAAUCGUCUCCUUACUCGAUAUCCACGUUGCGCCAGCAUCCGAAGGACAAGAACACACCCAACCUCUAGAAAUCCUCGAGUCCGGGACAGGCCAUGGCUCCCUCACACUCCACUUAGCGCGCGCAAUCCAAGCGGCAAACUCGACCCCUCCACUACUACCAGCCCAGUCCCAGAUCCACCACCUGCAAGGCCGACCUAUAAGACCGGGGGAGGAAACAGAAGAGAAGAAGGAAGACACAUCGAAGGACGAACCAGCAACUGUCGGCACAACGCAACAACAAUGGGACGCCUGGCGCUCUCAACGCAAAGCAGUAAUCCACACCGUAGACGUCUCACCCAAAUUCUCCGCGCACGCGGAGAAAAUAGUCCGCGGCUUCCGACGGGGCCUUUACGCCGGCAAUGUCGAUUUCUACGUCGGCCACGUGGAGAACUGGAUAGCAGAACAGAAACGACUCCGAACACCCACCAGCCUUCUGCCCCUGACGCAGAAAACGGCCGAUCCGUUCCUCUCAUACGCAAUCCUGGAUAUGCCAUCUGCGCACCAGCGCAUCACCCACGUGGCCCCGAUACUAAAAGAGAACGGUGUUCUAGCUGUCUUCAUGCCCAGUAUAACCCAGAUCGGCGAUUGCGUGGAUCUGAUCCGUCGACAGAAAUUGCCGUUUUCCCUGGAGAAGGUCGUUGAAUUGGGCGCUGGGAUCAGUAGCGGACGGCAGUGGGACGUUCGGUUUGCAGUGAAGAAGUCUCGUGCAGAUCCUGCUUCGUGGAGUGAAUCCUCUGAGGCGGGUGAAGGGGCUGUCCAGCAGGAUCAGGAGGCUGUUGAUGAGGGUUCCGUGGAGAGUGUCUCUGCCCCUGAGGAGGCGCCCAAAGAAGGGGAUAGUGUCCUCGUUUGCCGGCCAAAGGUUGGAGCCCGCAUCGUAGGAGGAGGAUUCGUUGGAAUAUGGAGACGGAUAGAGGAUUCGCAGAAGCACUGAAUUGCUUUUAGUUUGGAUACCCCCAGGUGUAACACCUACCACUACUGUACUAUAUCAAAGAGCCAUGUAUAAAUCGAUAUAUCUACUUCAGCUAACAUAU